AUGAAUAACAUCAGAAAUAUACAACAAAUUAGACAAGAAAAUAUAAGUCGUGCUGUUUCUGCCACUCAGAGUCAGGAUAUGACAAGAACUUUUGGGAGAGUAAACUUGGCGAAUUCUAGUGAUAUUGAUGGCUUUAUGCAAGGACUUAUAGCAAGAAAUGAAUCUAAAGUAUUUUUGGACAAUAACUUUGAUUCACAAAAACUAAACUCUAAAAAUAAGAACAAUGAGCCAUUACAUUAUUCUAACCAUCAACUCUUAGAAAUUCAUCAGAGUAUUACAAAAACCUUAUCUCCUCCUUCGUAUCAGGAUGAAAAUAUACUUCCUCAACAACCAAAGCUGUUCACUCCUAUCGCUAGAUAUGUGACCCCUUCCUCACAAGUAGCUGCACAAUCCCGUCCGAAAGGGCCUUCCUCUCUUUCUGGAUUAAGGAUUUCAUCUUUUCUGAUAGAAAGACUUGACAGACACUUCUAUUACAAUCUCUACAAUCAACCUUCAAGAGGAAGACCAAGAGCCAACAAAAAUGUUUCUGAGGAAGCUCUCUGGAAACAAGUUAUUGGCGAGUUCAGCCGAAGAGCGAAUAAAAGAAUCCGCAGCCAACGCACUGACGCCAGAAACACUUUGAUGUGAUGGAACUUCAGAAGAGUUGCCAACUACAUCCUCAAGUAUGUUGGGUCUAAGUGUAGCUACAAAUCGAACAAGAUUGAAGAUUACAUCAAGCCUUACGCUGAAGCAUUCACUGUGGGCUUUGUACCCAUCAUCUUUGGAGGCCAGAGCACCCUGAACAAAGUGAAGACUUUCUGAGAAUUCAUUGUGCUUUCGUAUUCUGCACCCAAAGUAAAAACGAUUCUUGGCAAAUGAAUGGAUGAAGGACUCCUACACGAAUCUGAGUACCAGAGCUUGAUGAAUCAGCUCAGAGAGAGAAAGAAUUCUUCAAUGAGUAACUUCAAGAAACUGGCUUCAGAAAAUAGCUGAUUUGAAAGACUUUUGCUGGAAAUUUUAUCUAAAUUACCAUUGAUGAAUCUGAAUGAUGAAGAAGGCUAUAAAAAAGUUUUAGAAAUGAUACUAAACAUUGAGCUCUGAGAACCUGAAUUUUAGAUAGAAAAAAUAUUUUCACUCUUCAAGACUUAUCACCACCCCCUCCAGUCUCCUAACCUUCUUCAGAGACAUCAAAAAAUCUUGGCCAAUAAACCUCCUCUAAAUUUU